AAUGUCCUCUACCCCGUCAACAUCCGAUACUUCAUCUGAAAGUUCUACGUCUCCAGCGACAAUUGUUUUAUGUAAAGUUUGUGCUCUAAGUGCUCAUGGAUCACAUUUUGGUGUGCUAGCUUGUAGAGCUUGUGCCGCAUUUUUCAGAAGAACAGUCGUACUGGAGAGACAGAAGCAGUACAAGUGUAAAAAAGGCAAGAAUGAAUGCCCGGUGGAUACUGCAGAGAGAUAUCAAUGCAGACUCUGUCGUUACAACAAAUGUGUAGACCUUGGUAUGACUCCUGAAAAUGUACAAUUCAACCGAGAAUCUGCCUCGAGAACUCGGAAACGGAAAAAUGAAAAUUCAAUUGCUCAGACAAAUAGCUUCAAAUUGAUCCCCCGCUCGGACAAUGCUUUUCUUGGAAAACCACGUACAAUAAUGGAUAUUUCUUCGUUAUCAACAAAAAUCAAAUCAGUUCUCAAUGGGAAAACUUAUAAUCUUGACAGCGCAGCAAAGAAAAUGAAUUCACUGGAAGCUGCUGAAUAUGCUCUGAAAAAAUGGAGAAGCCAGCAAAAAACCGAAGAUAAAAUGGAAAAAGUUGGGGAGCUUCCUGUUCGGCAGCUUUUCGUAAUUUUUGAAAAACAAAUGGUUAUGAUUGCCGAGUGGUUGAUACAUAAUCCUGAUUUUCGGAUGUUAGAUGAAGAGGAGAAGUACCUCUACUUCAAAGCGGUAUGGAACAUGUGGCGCCGAUUCGAGCGUUUUGAAAUGUCUGUGAAAAUGUUCGGAAAUCAGGUAUUAACCAAAAGGAAAUUUGCGAUCUCAAACGAGAAGCUUAUGGUUAUGGAUUCUUGCAUCGACUACUCGGAGAUUACCGAUCUACCAAACAGUAAAGUAGCAGAAAUGUUCCGUCUGACAAGGUCAAAGCUGUUCCAUCAGCUAGCAAAACCACUGAUGGAAUUAAAUCCUUCAUCGAUUGAGAUGGCCUACAUGUUGACUCAAUUAAGUUGGCAAAUUGCAGGCAAAAAAAUGCAAGGAAAUGUGAUUGAAAUCGGCGAGCGAGUCUGUGACAAUUUGGCUGACGAUCUUCAUAGCUACUAUCAAAAGAAUGAAAAAAGAUCGAAUUAUGCAGGACGUCUAGUUCGAUUGAUGAAUAUUGUAAAUGCGAUGAAAAAAAUCCAUUUGCAACGGAAAAAUACCAUGGAGCUGGCGAGGAUUUUCGAAAUGUUCAAAGUAGAUUUUUCGGACCCCGAUAUUUUUGAUUGCUGAUCUCUAUUAAAAUGUAUUUAUUAAUAAAACUGAAAAUAAAAUGUUAAAGUUAAAA